AUGCUUUCGAUCCCGAAGAGCAUCAGCGAAGAUCAGACUGAAAAAGUAGCCACAAGCCAGCCAGGCGACCAAGUUGCAGCCUACCUGCCUCCGCCAAGCACGACUGCCAAGGCAACAAUCAAAGAGCUGAUGACGCUGUUGGACGAUUCAGACUUGGCAGAAGUGGCGGCCUUUGUUAGGCAGGCCCACGAGGAAAAGCUGAGUGUACCUGAGAUUGCAGCCGCAAACAAGAGACUGCAGGAUUGUGCUGCGGAUCUGGCACAGCGACUCGAGCUACCCUCUCAGCUGGUCGAGUAUCUGGCAGGCCUGAGAGUGACAGACAUUGGCGGGACAGACCUGAACUUCAGGGCGUACAUCUCACACAUGUCCCCGGAGUAUGCACUUAAUCCGGGGUACGAUAAGAUAGCAUGCAAGUGGUUGCUCGUGGAUUUGCCUUGUGAAGGGAAUGAGGGGCGAGCAAAGAGGAGCGUGCGGGCGGCGGUGUAUAAGGAUGACUGGGACAAGCACGGCCAGCACAUGGAAAACGAGACUUUACUGGUGCAUGAUGCAGGUCAGUAG